AUGGCCAGCGAUCUGCAGCGCCAGAUAGUCAUCGUCGGCGGAGGCAUCGUCGGCUGCACCACCGCCUACUACCUCUGCGCCCACCCCGCCUUCGCCGCCUCCAAAACCAAGGUCACCCUCAUCGAGGCAUCCGCACGGGGCGUCGCCCAGGGCGCCUCGGGCAAGGCGGGCGGGCUCGUCGCGAAGUGGGCGUACCCCAAGGAACUCGUGAACGUCUCCUUCGCGGAGCACGUCCGGCUCGCGCGCGAGCACGACGGCACGCGGCGCUGGGGCUGGCGGUUCGUCGGGUGCGGGAGCUGGGAGGGCCGCGGCGAGCUCGCGCCGGACGAGGGCACGGGCACGGGCGUCGGCAGGGGCGGGGACUGGCGGAGCCUGGAGAAGACGAACGGGCUGGACGGCGACGGCGGCUGGGGCGCGCGGAAGCGGAAGGAGGCGGGCCUGCCGGACGACCUCGACUGGGUGCGCGCGGACCUGACGGACGGGUACUCGCCCAUGGCGCCGGCGGGGGCCACGGCGCAGGUGCAUCCGUACCUGUUCACGACGAGCAUGCUUGACCUCGCGAAAGAGAAGGGGUGCGAGUUCGUCCAGGGGAAGGUCACCUCGAUCGACAUCGACAAGGCUGAAGGACGAGUCUCUGGCGUGACCUACUCCGCUCCCACAACGGACGGCUCCUCCUCCUCAACACACACCCUCCCCGCGACGCACGUCAUCCUCGCCGCCGGCGCGUGGUCCCCGCGCAUCCUCCCCGCGCUCCCCAUCUCCGGCACGCGCGCGCACAGCGUCACGAUCCACCCCAGCCCGGCGUCACCAUCUCGCCCUACGUCCUCUUCACCGAGAUCCUCCUCCCCGCCGCCGGCCGCAAAGGCCCACAGACCCAGCGCCGUGCCGGAGACGGUCGACGACGUCGCGGUCGACCCGGCGGCGUGCGAGAGCAUCCGCGCGCACGUCGCGAGCAUAUCGCCGGAGCUCCGGGCGGGGACGGUGGACAAGCGGCAGGCGUGCUUCCUGCCGGUCGUGAGCGCGGGAGGGGGCCCGAUCGUAGGUGAGGCGACGAACAUCGCGAAGGGGCUGGUGAUUGCCACCGGCCACACUUGCUGGGGUAUCUGCAACGCACCGGGAACUGCAAAAGCCAUCUCCGAGCUGAUCAUGGAGGGCAAGAUCAGCUGUGCAAACCUCAAAAGACUAGAGCCGGAUAUAUGGGGCCACACAGUGCAGAGGAUCCAGACGGGCAUAGAAGUGAUACCCCACUUGUAG